CUUAGGUACCGCCAGCACCAAAGGCGACUCUGCUCAUUUGAACAACCCCCUCCUAAAAAUACUGACCCGCUCCGAGCUUCCAGUUCGUUCGCCUUUCCGUCCUCUCGACCCUUCAUCACGCGUUUCCCGGAAGAUGACGUGGUCUUCCGGCCACUGCCAACCUGGCACCGCCAGCUCUAUACAGGCUAGAGAGAGCGCGAGGAGGAACGUGAGACCCCUGCGAUUGGAGCCGUCCGCCGAAGACCCAGUCGCGGAAGAGCGUUGCAACCAGAUGGAAGCACGUUUCCAUUAAUACCGAUUUAUGCUGGUGUCCUGUUGCGCCAGUCUGUGCCAGGUCAACGCCGUCACAUGAUACAUGGUUGAUCCCGUCUUCCUCCUCUGGCGCUCUCUCUCCUCCAGCUCCAGACUGUACAUGACCGUGCUUUGCCAAACCGCUUAUUACCACCGAGUAUAAAUAAUCCCGGGUUGCUGCUCACGUGUCUGGCCUCUCGCUCCGUCCCUGCCCUAUCCCCUCCCUCUCCCAUGCUUUCGCUCCCAAGAAGCGUCGCCCCUGUCCUCCAACCUAGUCACGUGCCCACUUGCACGGUCUGGCCUAGUCCUCCCUAGCUACCUACCCUUCUCCUCCGGCACCAUGGCUGGGACGUUCACGCGGACGAGUACGCCGCCGCGGGUGUUUCCUGUCGAUGUCUGCAACAGCCUCAGCCCCGAUCCUGUUCCCAUGCAUACCACUGUGGCUAUUCGACAGGACCCCCUCUCGGUGACCUUGGAUGGCUCCGCCAUCUUUGCUGUAUCCGCCCUGCUCAUCGUCGGCACCUACCUGAUGCAGCCGCCCUCGGUAGCCUUGACCAUUGGCUUGAUCACUGGCCUGCUCUUCAUCCAGAAUGACUACCAGAACUACUUGAAACUCGGCCCCGGCGGUACCCCGGCAACCUUCUCGGGCUACGUCCGUAUCAGCUGGCUCAAGCUCUGGGCCUGCCGGGAUCCCUUCCACCCCCUCCCCGCCGACCCCGACGUCCAGCCCACCGCAGGCAUCCUCCACAGGAAGCCCCUCCCGUGCCGCGGCGGCCUCCGCCCCGACGUCGUCGGGAUCGCACCCCAGCGACAGGUCAACCAGCCCGGGUCUCGGGAGUGCUACCUCGCACUGCGGCGCACCCUCGAGCUUCACGGCGAGCGCAACACGAGCGAGGUCGGCGUCGGCACCUCCUGCUUCGAGAAGCACGGCCUCAGCCUCUUCGCCCGCUACCCCUUCAACAAGACUUGCCAGGGCGAGAUCUGCCACGUGCACGACUCCGACUACUCUAUGCACCUGAGCCUGCACCCGGACGACGUCAAGGAGGUCAUCGAGAAGGGCUGGGGGCAGCGCCACCCCUUGACCAGCCAGUGCCUGCUCACAAUGCCCGUCCCCAAGCAGUUCACCAUGGUUUACGCUCCGCGCACCUUCGAGGAGCUGAGAGUCGUGUGCCAGAUUAUCGAGGCGGCCGGCUGGUGGGUGAGGGCGAAGGAGAUGAAGCUGGACAUGAUAAACAUCCCAAACAUGCCAGACACGGUAUAAGUCCUGCUUAGAGCCCUAGCACGUUGAAAACAGAAGAAAAAGAUUGCAACUACACACUAUAUGCUAGGGGUAGUUUUGGGAGGAGGUGGGAUCCUGGCCUCUAGUGUUAUCGUAGUUCUGAUGGUCGUCGUCAAGAACAGAACUAGACUUAGAAAAUCCGCAAUCGGCCUAGCUAGCCUUGCCAGCCAUUCCCCCUAAGCCAAAAAAAACAAAACACCAAAGGACAACGGGACGGAAAACGGAACGGGAAAAUGAAACGGAACAAAGACAAAAACAGGAUAACUAGAAUCUUGUCGCGUAGGAGAGCGAGCCAGCCUCAAGCGGCCCCGGGGGUGGAGCCGCACCUCCGGGGCAGGGAUCGAACCGAACAGGGAACAAUACACCACCUACUAAGUAGCCCAGGCGUACACGGAGCUGAGCUGCGGACACACUCAUUCCUCCUCCUCUUCUUCUCCUAGUUAGUUAGCUUCUAUUAGGUAGCACUGACCAUCUAGACCACCUUACCAACUACGUUUAGCCAACCCAUCCGGCUCCCAGGCAGCCCAUAAACCGCCCUUGGUGACAAGAGCAAA